ACGUAACGCCUCGCUCUCGCUGUCGCUUGUGAACCCGGGCUUGCAAGUGCAGCGUGACGCGACGCGACGCGACGCGGACGGACGUAGCGAGUGAUAGACGCGCAGCAAGUAGGGGCCAAGCACUCAUGCCAACUCUCGCUCUGCAGCAGGAUAGUCUCUGCAGCCGCCAUGUGUCAUUUGCCGAUGUCAACGUAGUUUCUUGCGCAAGGAUGUGAGGGUGCACAGUGCGGGGCUUGUUCGACUUGCUGCAGUGGCGCAUGCGCAAGGCAAGGCAACGCGGCGUUUCGCAUGAUUGGGAGAAGAGACGGAUGGUACUGACGUGCUGCGUUGCGGUCGGGCCCAUGUUCUAUUUGAUGGAUGACUUUGGCACAUUCGAGAAGGUGCUUCGUGCUGUGACCCGUAGCACAGGCAGGGUCGAUUCGAGAGCUCCAAGCAAAACAUGCUUGUGUCCCUGCGCAGGGUCAGCCCAAUCGUCUGGAAGCACAGGCCGAUCAGCCUGCAUGAAAAGAUCCGGAAAGGGAGUCGGAAAAGGUCAGGGCUGGUGUCUUCAGUGGCGGUGUAGCAGCACGAUUGCUGCGCCGGUGAGGCGAGCCGAAGCUAUGAGCGCAGGCCGGAGCCCUCUCGCUUCCUUCUGCCCGGAUCCAAGCAUCGAGCGCGUUUGAUGUAAUAGACACUGAAAUGCCGUGAUGCUCGAUGCAACUAUCAUUUGAUGUCACUUGGAAGUCCAUGUUGAAGUGCUUUCUAAGUCCGCAAGGCUGCG